AUGUCCGUGGAUUCUAACGACGUAGACAACUGCUCUAUUCCCGACGCCGACCCUCCCGAUGGAAUUACUCCUAAUUUUAUCAACCCGCCAACUAUGGCUCCAACUCUCAUUUCUAUCGCAGUUGUCUUGAAUGUGUGGGCUACUGUCUUCGUAGUCGCGAGACUAUAUGCCAACCGGUUCAAGCUGCAUGCGUCUGACUACCUUACUGCGCUAGCACUUAUCCUUAAUAUAACUUACGCAGGAAUCGAAAUAUCAAUAAGUAAACACUUUCGGCAUACGUGGGACAUACCAGUUUGUUGGAUUACCGUGAAAUAUAUGAUAACCAAAUUCGCUCUCUAUAUGGUCGGUGUACCUCGUUCCUUAUUCUCGAAAUGGGCAGUACUCCUACUCUACCGGCAGCUUUUCGGCGUGAAUAAAUUAAUAAAUGUUGCUGUCUGGAUCGGAGUUAUAUUCACCCUUCUUAUCUCUAUCUUUGGUUUCGUCGUUGAAAUCAUCGUGAAUGCACCGAAGCCAGGUCAGAGUUGGGAGGAGUGGAUAACUACCCCCGAGGACGAGAAGACAUAUGAGCUAUAUGAAAACUUGACAGCCGUGGGGAAUAAUGUCAGAACUGCUUGUAUCAUGGCGGUGGAUUUAUACAUAGUCAUCCUACCGCUCCCUGCCAUAUCUAGGCUGCAUCUACCCCUCAAGAAGAGGCUUCAGCUUUUUGCAUUAUUCGCUAUUGCUUUCUCUGCCGUUAUAGCUAGCAUUUUACCCCUUGUUUAUAGCCUUGGGUAUCUUCGUGAUGACGAUGGUACCUGGGUGUGGUGUUAUGUGGAGAUUUGCAAUACCGCCGAAAUCAGUGUGGCUAUCAUUGCGGGAUCUGCGCUGGCAUUCGCCAAGUUUGUAAAGACCUACAUCGCGGGAUCUUCCACCGUGAGGAUGCUUCGUUUAAAACUUCGAAUAAAGCCACCCGAUCAUUCCCACACUUCACCUACACCGGUACCUCCACCGCUUCAUGGAACAAUCGGAUCCCCGCCGCGAAAGCAUCCACGCCACUACUUGGAACUCAACGAUACGGUGCUCAUGGAAACGCAAGCUAGUACCGACGUUAGAACUACUUACACAGCAGGCUGGGGAAGUCAGGAAGAAAUUUUACGGACAAUUGAUGUCAUCCAAGAUUCACGGCCUGGAAGUUCCCUUCGUUCAACAGACAAAUACGUAUGA